AUGUUAGCUUCUGUUUGGCCAUUGAUUCGAUAUACCGAAGAAGAUAUCGCAGAGGCUCUUAGAGCGAUUACAAAUGGAGCAAGCAUACGAAGAGCUAGCUUGGAUUAUGGUGUUCCACGUACCACACUUCACGAUCGAAUAUAUGGUGGAGUUUCGCAUCAAAAAGGCGCCCAAAUACUUCAAAAGUUAUCUCCAAUUCAGGAGAAUCGACUAGCAGAAUGGAUAUUAGUACAGGAAGCUCUUGGUACUAGCCCUACACAUCGUCAAAUCAGAGAGAUGGCAGAGCACCUCCUUAUUGUACGAGGGGAGGAUCCCUCACUUGGAAAGAAAUGGAUACAUAGCUUUUUUCGAAGGCAUCCUAAUAUUGGAACUAAGAAGCAACAUCAAAUCGAUUCUGCACGAGUUUCAGGUGCUACAUCUGAUAUUAUUAAGAAGUGGUUCCGGAACCUCGCAAUCCCUGAAAUCAAGGCUAUUAAGCCGGCCAACAGAUGGAAUAUGGAUGAAGCAGGUAUAAUGGAGGGUCAGGGUCUUAAUGGACUAGUAGUAGGAAGCACUGAUCGAAGAUUUAUUCAAAAAAAGCAACCUGGAUCUCGAAUUUGGACCUCUUUUAUAGAAUGCAUUUCAGCCAAUGGAAAAAGCAUUACUCCCCUUGUAAUAUAUAAGGGAAAAUCAGUUCAGCAACAAUGGUUUCCAACAGAUUUGACUCUAUUCAAGGGUUGGAACUUUACCGCUACAGAAAAUGGAUGGACUACAGAUGCUACAGCUUUAGAAUGGCUGAAAAAGAUCUAUAUCCCUCAAACUACCCCUAUUCAGCCGGAAAAUUCAAGACUCCUCAUUUUGGACGGACACGGAAGCCAUGAAACUACAGCAUUUAUGUUAGAAUGCUUUAAUAACAACAUAUAUCUCUUACUUCUCCCACCACAUACGUCACACGUACUACAACCACUCGAUUUAUCUGUGUUCUCACCCCUAAAAAGUGCAUAUCGAAUCGAACUUAAUAAAUUAAGUCUAUUAUCCGAUUCCUCACCAAUUGGAAAGCGCAAUUUCCUUUCUUGCUAUCAGAAGGCUAGAAUAGAAGGUUUAACUAUUCAAAAUAUCAAGUCUGGGUGGCAAGCUAGUGGUCUUUGGCCCAAAAAUAUGGCUAAACCUCUUAUGAGUCGACUUUUGCUUGAAAAUAGCAAUAGAGAGGUUUUAUCACUUAAUCCUGAAUCUGAUGAUGAUCCUAUUCUUCAAUGGAAUAUAUAUUCAUCGUUUAUUCAAUGGAAAACCCCUCAAAAAGGAGCCGAUAUCAGAAAAUAUAGAGAUAUAAUGAUUCAAGAGAAGGAGAUCGAUUUGCCAACACGAAGAUUACUAUUUCGCAAGAUUAUAAAAGGAUUCGAUGCUAAGGAUUAUGAACUCUUAGAGGCAGAGAAUAAGAUUAGAAAGCUAGAAUAUCAAUUAGAUGAAGCAUUACCUAGAAAAAGGCGAAAGGUUGUGGUAUCUCCAAAUUCGAAGUUCGCAGGGAUUAGAGCUAUAAGGCGUACACAAAUUGAAGCUGGAGAUCGUGAAGAUGAGGUAGAUGAUAGCUCUAGUGCUAUAGAAAGUGAUUCUACAGGCGAUUUCAUUGAAGUUCAAUAG